AUGGUGUCAUCUAUUCUCAAUGGUGGCACAUCAGUUGUGAUGUCACAUUUCCAACCACAUCUUUUUUGUGAAUCCAUUCAGAAGCACCAAAUUCGCUUCCUAGCUGUAGUACCCCCUAUCCUGGUGUUCCUCAUCAAGAAUCCCAUCUGUCAGCAGUAUGACCUCUCGUCGCUACAGUUCCUAUUCAGUGGGGCAGCACCUGCUGGGAAGGAUUUGUGCGAUGGCUUAACUCAGAAAUAUAAAAACAUUAGACACAUUCAACAAGGUUAUGGUAUGUCAGAGCUGAGCAUGGCGUCACAUUUACCUGACGUUGUGGAAGGUCAACCUAUAGGAAGUGUUGGAAAACUUGCAUCAAAUCUAGAAAUGAAG